ACAAAUUUAAAAAAAAAGAUCAUUUCAAUUGCGGUCUUCGUGUGUGUUUUUCUCUCUAUUAUGAAGAUUUCGAUUGUGAUUUCAUCGAUUAGUCUCGUAAAUUUGAUAGAAUUUUGUUUAUCAGACAAACAUGUUUAUGGACGACUUCGAUACGGAGUCGACUACAAACUUCACGAAACGAUAUUGAUCGACGAAAAAACCAGCGUACCGACAAACUACUUCAUCAUUUUCAAAUAUUUAGCUUCGCAUUUGAAGCCCAUCGGUUACAUCGAAUUUGAUGUUAAUUCACCUAGUACGGGUUCCAUAGAAGCUAUAGAGGCGACACACGAUGGUUAUAUUUUUGAGGAAGCGUUUCCGGUUCCUAAUUUCUUUGCUAAAAUUCGUAUCGAUUCGACAUUGGACGUGAAGGCAACUUUAAAGAUUUACAAGAUAGGCGGCUACACGCCCUAUUUAAGCAUCGGGAAUUGGGGAGCUGCCAAAAGUGUAACGAUCAUCUACUCCAAAGCCGCUCGAUCCGGAAAGCAGCCAAUCUAUGCACAGAACUCAAUUGGUAAGCGUCAGAGUGGCGACGAGUUAGUUCACUUUCAAAUUAGCAAUGUUACGAAUGCAAGCCGUUUCCCAAGCAGAGCAUUCGAGUAUGCCGGUGAUGAUUACAUUACAUUUGUGGGAUUUUCGUUGAGUUCACCUACAGCUGUGGUACUGAUCAAUACGACGUUCGUCGGUGAAAAGGAAUUCAACGCCGUCGUAUACGACAUAAACGCUGAACACUUUGUGGCCAAUGUUUCGGUAUAUGCAAUCAAAAGUCAUUCGGGGAAUCGUCAGGCUGUAUUGAGUUCAUUGUAAUGCUUUUUCAAAAAAAUAAAAUUUCAUCGUUUAUGUCAUCUGUCAUUGAUGUCAACGA